CUUUUAUCAUGUUUGCAGACUGCGCCAUGGUAGUUCAAUGAAGUUGAGAAAAUGGCGGAGGAACAGGAGGUUCGGCAGCUAGAGCUGCUCUGCAAGCAGCUGUAUGAAGCCACAGACCCGUCACUCCGUGUGCAGGCAGAAAAGGCCCUGGUGGUGUUCCAGAAUGCUCCUGAUACUUUGUCCAAGUGUCAGUUGUUGCUUGACCGCGGGGACUCGUGUUACGCUCAACUCCUCGCAGCCACCACACUCACCAAACUUAUCUCACGCAGCGCUCAAUCACUCAGUCUUCAACAAAGAGUUGACAUUAGGAAUUAUGUGUUAAACUAUCUUGCCACCCGACCAAAGCUUCCCAACUUUGUAAUCCAGGCUCUGGUAACUCUGUUUUCUCGGAUCUCUAAACUCGGCUGGUUUGAUAGUGACAAGGAAGAGUAUGUCUUCAGAAACGUCAUAUCGGAUGUAACAAAGUUUCUUCAGGGUUCCGUGGAGCACUGCAUGAUUGGCGUACAACUUUUGUCGCACCUCACAUGUGAAAUGAACCAGAUCUCAGAGGCAGAUGCCAACCGAUCGCUGACAAAACACAGGAAGAUAGCAUCGUCUUUCCGAGACACACAGCUGUUUGAGAUAUUUAGGUUAUCCUGCUCACUGCUUGGGACUGCCAGCGAGAAUUGCAAGAGUCUAAAUUUUAGCGAUGAAUCACAGCAUGGUCUAAUGACCCAACUGCUCCGGCUGGCUUACAACUGUCUUACGUUUGAUUUUAUCGGCACAUCAACGGACGAGUCCUCGGAUGAUCUCUGCACUGUACAGAUACCCACCAGCUGGAGGCCGGUCUUCCUCGAUUACUCGACCCUCAAACUGUUCUUUGACCUCUACCACUCCCUGCCCAGCACACUCUCCCCUCUGGCACUGUCCUGCCUGGUGCAAAUCGCAUCAGUGCGCCGGUCACUGUUCAGCAACACAGAGCGUGCCAAGUUCCUUACACAUCUAGUCAACGGAGUGAAGCACAUUCUGCAGAACCCGCAAGGACUCAGCGACCCCAGCAACUACCACGAGUUCUGUCGUCUUCUGGCCAGACUCAAGAGUAACUACCAGUUGGGUGAGCUGGUCAUGGUGGACAACUACCCUGAGGCCAUCCAACUCAUUGCAAAGUUUACUGUCGAGAGUUUACAGAUGUGGCAGUUUGCACCGAACAGUGUGCACUACCUGCUGAGCCUGUGGCAACGGAUGGUGGCAUCUGUUCCUUAUGUCAAGGCCACUGAGCCCCACCUGUUGGAAACUUACACGCCCGAGGUCACCAAUGCCUACAUAACAUCUCGACUGGAAUGUGUUGCCGUUGUUGUCAGGGAGUCGUUGGAGGAUCCGCUGGACGACCUGGGAAUGAUACAGCAGCAGCUCGAGCAACUGUCUGUGAUUGGUCGCUGCGAGUACCAGAAGACUUGCACUCUGCUGGUCCAGCUGUUUGAUCAGGCUGCUCGCGUGUACCAGGAGCUCAUGUCUUCCCCUGCUCCUCCCCAACUGGACAUAAACAUACAAGAAGGUCGACUGACAUGGCUUGUCUACAUUAUUGGGUCUGCUAUCGGAGGUCGUGUCUCUUUUAACAGCAAUGAUGAGCAUGACGCGAUGGAUGGUGAACUGGUCUGUCGAGUGCUGCAGCUGAUGAACCUGACGGACUCUCGUUUAUCCCAAGGAGGCUGUGAGAAACUGGAACUGGCAAUGCUGAGUUUCUUUGAGCAGUUCCGCAAAAUAUAUGUCGGUGAUCAGGAUUGCAUGUUUCAGGUCCAAAAAAACUCCAAAGUCUACAGAAGAAUGUCGGAAGUACUGGGUCUCAUAGACGAGUCCAUGGUUCUCAGUGUAUUCAUCAGGAAAAUCAUUACAAAUCUGAAGUAUUGGGGUCGCAGUGAGCAAAUCAUUUCCAAGACUCUGCAACUACUCAACGAUCUGUCAGUGGGUUACAGUUGUGUUCGGAAAUUGGUCAAACUGGAGGAAGUCCAGUUCAUGCUCAACAACCACACGAGUGAACACUUUCCGUUCUUGGGUAAUGGCGUGGCGGUGAGUGAGAUGCGCUGUCGUUCUAUGUUCUACACAUCACUGGGCCGGCUGCUGAUGGUGGACUUGGGAGAAGAUGAGGACAGGUUCGACAGCUUCAUGUUACCUCUCACAGCAUCCUUUGAGUCGAUAGGCACAAUGCUGGCUUCUGCAGAAACUCCACUGUUCGCUGCAGAAGAGGCGAAGAAAGCUCUGAUCGGUCUGGCCAGAGACCUGAGAGGCCUUGCUUUUGCAUUUAACACUAAGACUUCUUACAUGAUGCUGUUCGAUUGGAUAUACCCGAGCUACACUCCCAUACUGUUACACGCCAUGGAGCUAUGGUACCGAGAACCUCAGGUCACCACUCCGGUGCUCAAGCUCUUCGCUGAACUAGUCCAGAACCGAUCUCAGAGGUUACAGUUCGAUGCUUCCUCACCCAAUGGAAUAUUACUCUUCAGAGAGGCCAGUAAAGUUAUUUGUAGUUAUGGAAGUCACAUACUGGAAGUGGAAGUAGCCAAGGACCAAAUAUACGCCAUGAAACUGAAAGGCAUCUCAAUUUGUUUCUCCAUGCUCAAGGCAGCGUUGUGUGGUAGCUACGUCAACUUCGGCGUGUUCAGGCUCUACGGGGACGAUGCCUUGGAUAAUGCUCUCAAAACCUUCGUCAAGCUUCUUCUGUCCAUUCCCCAGUCAGACCUACUUGACUACCCGAAGCUGUCUCAGACCUACUACGUGCUGCUGGAGUGUCUGGCUCAGGAUCACAUGAGUUUCCUGGCCACUCUGGAGCCCAGCGUGUUCCUCUACAUCCUGUCGUCCAUCUCAGAGGGGCUCACAGCUCUAGGUGCGCACCUCAAUUACUUUACAGAUACAAUGGUGUGCACAGGCUGUUGUGCGACGUUGGACCACAUAGUUACCUAUCUCUUCAAACAGUUAUCACAAAAAGGCAAGAAGCCCAGGCGUGGCGUUGUGGUGAACAACGAGGUGUUCCUGCAAGUACUGGAACUGCACCCAGAGAUUCUGCAACAGAUAUUGAGCACCGUGCUGAAUGUGAUAAUGUUUGAAGAUUGCCGCAACCAGUGGUCCAUGUCUAGGCCAUUGCUUGGCCUUAUACUGCUCAAUGAAGAGUAUUUUAAUCAACUUAGGGAAAACAUAAUCAGGAGUCAACCCCCAGACAAGCAAGCAGCAAUGGCCCAAUGGUUUGAGAACCUCAUGGAUGGAAUUGAAAGGAAUCUAUUAACAAAAAACAGAGAUAGAUUCACACAAAAUCUGUCAAUGUUUAGGAGAGACAUAAAUGACUCCCUGAAGGGACCCAACACUGCCAACAGUCCGGGUUCGGCCAACGAUAUGAUGACUUCUUAGUGCCACAAGACUGAACUGAACCGAGUGAGCGCGAGUGUGAGCGUGACUGAGCAAAUGUGCAUAUGGGAUAUGAACUUUUGUAAAAAGUUGUUCUUAUUUGUGCAUAUUUUACUUGACUUUUUUAUACGUUACUUGUACAGAGGAAUAAAGCGAUGUCAACAGUGUUUUUGAUAAAGCCUUUAAAAAUUUUAAACGUUGUUAGCUACGAGAUGUUAUAUUUCCAAUGUAAAUGUGUUACGCAUUGUGUUGUUCAGCAGUUAGUGUCCAGCCAGCCAUUGUAUAUACGCCUGUGAUGUCACAAAAUUCUUUAUAUUUGACGUUAUAAUUCAACUGCUACAUUGUCAAAUUACUAUUUUUAAUUAUAAUAGUUCCGUUUUAAACAUUUUGCGAGCUUUUAAAUUUAAAAUCCCGUACUUGCCCUGGCCUGUAGGCUAUAAAAUAAUUUUGAAUGUUUGAGGUAACAGCUAUUUUUUGGAACUAGUGUACUGUAAUUUUAAAUUGGAGUGUUAUAAAUCAGUUAACUUCAUAUUCUUUGUCUAAAAGUUAUAAUUGUUGUGAUUCAUAAGGGUAACAGAAUUACAGGUGUUUGUUGUCGUCAUAUAUUACAAAUAAAACUAAAACUCUAACCUGUUGCAAAAUGCAAGAUCAAAAUGAGUAAAAAUCAUCAAGUUUAAAUGAAGAAACAUCCGAAACAUGUGGAACUUAAAAACAGAAAAGUUAUGUUACUUUUGAAGAAAUGAGCAGAAACCAGUUCUUGCAACAUCGUUUGAAACAGCUGUACUACAGUUCAUCAGUAAUACUAUCUCUAUUUGCUGCUCAAAUAUUAGAAACUUUCAUUGUGCAAAAAACUUAAUGAAUUAACCCUCUCCCGGACGCGCUCCUAACGCUACCGGGCUGAUUUGAUUGGGCCUCUCCUUUGUGGGAGAACACAAAAUUUCACAUAUUAUACGUAAUUAUAAAUGCUAUUAAAUUCUCUAUAUGUGGUGGUAUUUGAAAAAUUAUUAAGGCUAUAAGAUAAACUAAAUCUACAAAAAAUACAGAAAUGUACAAGAAAUGUUUGUUUGUACUGUUAUAUUAAAAUAAGACUACAUGUCUUGUACAAAUAACUGUAAAAACAACAACAAUAAUUCAGUAAAACAGGAAGUUACAAAUAUGUCUAAUAACUUUAUAAAAUACAAAAAGAAUUUUGAUGAAAACGGCUAAAUCACUGUCUUAAUUGUCUCUUAAUUAAUUAAUCUCUUAAUUAUCGGUGAAAAGUUUCAUGUAUUAUUCCUAGGCAUCACUAGGCAUAAAAUCAUGUAAUGAACAAGGACAACAGUACUGUCAAUAGAUAUUUCCAUUAGCAGUUCCAAAAGUAACCACACGAUGGCAGCACAAAGCAGAGAGCAAUGAUAAAGCAGUUGAUGGUGAUCGGUGGCGAUUAGACAUUAGCGCUAAGCUCCUCGCCAUGGCGAUUCGUGGUGAUUGCCCGGGAGAGGGUUAAAAAUAAGUUACAUAUAAAGUAUUUUUUAACGUGCUCUGUGAAAAGUCCAUUACACCAAUUUUGUGGUAUUAAUUUUACUCUGAACAUUAAUUAAUUACAAAUUUAAUUUUCAAAUGUAAAUCAUAAUUAAUGAUAAUAUCACAACUUUAUCAAUAUAAUUGGUUAUUUUUUAAUGUUAUUGUGCGUAGUCAAUAAUAUUUUGUAACGGCUCAAUAAAUAUUGUAUGUAAAGGAAUACCAACAGUAAUUUCAACGAGUAAACUAAUUUUUUAUUUGAUUAUGUGUGGAACAAAAUGUAUGCUUAAAAAAUUUCUUAUGAGAAGU